UCCGCCCUUGUACAAUUUCCUUCUAGGUCUGUUAGGAUUAUUCUCCGACAUCACUCUCCAAUUCACAACGUCAGCUCCACCGGCCGUAGCCCGCCACCUACCGGAUCCACCACGCGCCAUGUCUCCCCGACCGCCACCGCGUCCGUCCAGCCGGAGUCCAGGGCGAUUCCCCACCGCCUGCUACCUCCUACUCCUUACCCUCGCUCUCCUCCUCCCCUCCGCCGCCGCCAAGUCCUCUCGCCGCCCCAUCUCCGACAACGAGAUCCGGCAGAAGAAGGAGGCCUGCUACACUGACGUCGAGAACGGGCUGUGGGGAUGGGUGUGCAGGUCGUCGCCAACGGAAAAGGAGAACUGCGUGCUGCGCUGCCUGUCGCCGGAGUGCUACGACCUCAUAUACGGCGGCGACCCGCUUGAGGAAGGGGAGUUGGACUAUGUCCGUGGUCAAGAGUACAAGUACUGCAUGCACAAGUCGUCCCUUGGAGAAAGCUUGGAAGGCGUGAAGGGGUCCUUCAGUUAUUGACCAAGGAAGCAAGACGAAAAAUUUAUGUGAUUCUGCUGUAAAUUAUUGGAAUCGGAAGAAACAAUUCCCCCAUUGGUAGCCGACCGGAGAUAAGAAGACGACGACAUCAUCUGUAUAAAAGGCAGCACGAUGAGUGGCUCGAGUACCAGGAGCUCAAAUAGGGCUUGUUCCUCCGCUUUCAUAAUCAUAGAGUUGAGGCCGUCCAUCACUGUGAGAAAGAGCAUUGGUGAGAGGGUCCCCUGACGUAGACCACGAGCAUAGCAAAUGUAACUCCCUUACGACCCGUUCAAGAGAACUCCUGUGCUUGAGGUUGAGAUCAGAAUGGAUAUGCAAUUCGUCCUCUUGAGGCUUCGUUUGGUUAGUGGGGAAAAUAACCCAUAGGAGAAACAAAUCAAGUGGGGAUUAGGUUGAUCCUCCUCCCACCAACCAAUCCCUCCUACAUAGGUGGUUUAAUCCCUUGGUUCCUACGCGUCGUUUGGAUUGUGUUUGGAUCAACUUGAAAUGCUAUGGAUUGUCUUCAUCCAACAAAGAUAUAGAUCUGUACAUGUAUGUAUUGAC